AUGUUUGCCCCAGCUGCCACCCCAAAGUCCCAUCUCGGCCGCUACCGGCUGUUGGCGCCCACUGCCGGCGUCAAAGUAAGCCCACUAUGCCUGGGAGCGAUGAACUUCGGCGAUGGCUGGAAAGAACGUCUCGGCGAAUGCAACAAAGAGACCUCUUUCAAGAUCCUGGAUACAUACUACGAGAACGGAGGUAACUUCAUCGACACAGCCAACAACUACCAAGCCGAAGAAUCCGAAAAAUGGCUCGGCGAGUGGAUGGAAGCCCGCGGCGUGCGCGACCAAAUCGUCCUCGCGACAAAGUAUACCUCGCCCUACCGCACGCACAACAAGUCUGAGAUUCAGGCGAACUUCGUCGGCAAUAAUGCCAAAAGCCUGAAGCUGUCUGUCGAAGCAAGUCUGAAGAAAUUGCGGACGGAGUAUAUCGAUCUACUCUACGUCCACUGGUGGGAUUUCAGCACUUCUAUCGAGGAGGUCAUGACCUCGCUCAACCAGCUGGUCUUAGCUGGGAAGGUUCUAUACUUGGGUAUCAGCGAUACCCCCGCAUGGAUCGUGAGCAAGGCGAACCAAUACGCACGCGAUCACGGCCUCCGCCCCUUCUCCGUCUACCAGGGUAAGUGGAACGCCGCAACGCGCGAUUUUGAGCGCGACAUAAUCCCCAUGGCCGCGUCCGAAGGCAUGGGCCUCGCACCCUGGGCCUCUCUCGGCGGCGGCGCAUUCAAAACAACCGCGCAGCGGGAAGAGAUCGCCCGGAGCGGGAACCCCGGACGACAGAAUCCAGUGACGGAGCGGGACGUUGCGGUGUCGAAGGUGUUGGAGGCUGUUGCGGGUCGGCAUGGAACUGCUUUGACCAGUGUUGCGUUGGCGUAUGUGAUGCGCAAGGCGCCGUAUGUGGUUCCGAUUGUGGGUGGGCGUACGGUUGAGCAUUUGUUGGGUAAUAUUGAGGGGCUUGGGGUUGAUUUGUCCGAUGAGGAUUUGGCGGAGAUUGAGGGCGCUUCUGAGUUUGAUGUUGGCUUCCCGAUGAACUUUUUGUGUCGUGGGGAUGAUGUGCGUAAGGAGGCGCAUCCGGCUAAUUCGUUCUUGAAUGUGGCGGCUAAGUUUGAUUAUCCUGAUUUGGUACGUGCGCCUAGGCCGAAGAAGUUGGAUGCGUGA